AUGGAGUUGGGAUGUUUCUGUCUCAAGCCAGGAAAUUUGCACACGCUGGAUGAUCCGGCGCUGGAGAUUUCGUGCACACCAUAUGGUCUGGCGAUGAGACAUUAUGCACGUCGGAACAUUUCAGGAAGCGAUGUUCUGGAGUCCUACACGCUGGAUGGUCCGACGAGGGAAGGCAUGAACGUCGGACUAAUUAUUGCAGAAAGGUUGCAGAUGGCCUGUCUAUUGGUAUCUUCUUGCUUAAAUUAUGAGGGCAAUGGGAAGGUUAUUACUGACCAUUGCACAAGCUGCUACGGUUCUGGCAGAGUCCAAGUUGAACGCGGUAUCAAAGUAGACAUACCUGGAGGUAUUGAUGAUGGCUCCACCAUUCAAGUUACUGGAGGAGGUGGUGUUGAUAAGCAAAGGGGUGCAAGUGGUGACUUGUAUACCUUUGUUCGGGUUAAUGAAAAACAAGGCAUCCACAGAGAAGGCCUCAAUUUGUACUCGAGUGUCACAAUUGAUUAUAUAGAUGCAAUUUUAGGAACUACAGUGAAGGUUGAAACAAUAGAAGGGCUCAAGGAUCUUCAUCCUCCUAGCACUCAGCCUGGAAAGAACUUGAAAUUUUCACAACUGGGAGCUCCAGACAUUAAGAAGCCUAAUGUCAGAGGAGAUCACAAUUUUGUGAUAAAGGUGAAGAUUCCGAAGAGUAAUAGUGACAUGGAACGUUCGCUAGUUAAAGAGCUUGCUGCACUAAAAGGAGCUCAGAGUAUUUCAGUUCCAGAAACUACAAACACAGAAAAUUUGAGAAAGAGAAACCAUCAUUCAUCUGCAAGGAGGAAGAAAUCAUUUUGGAGAUCUAUCUGGAAUUUGUUCAGGAGUGAUGAGGGCGAUCAGAGAUUUGCUUCGAUCCAUGUACAACCUGUUAUUCCACGUUGGACAUCUCACCAAGGAACUCAUUCUGCUACUCCCCCGCUGUUAAAAGGAUUCCUCAAGCUCGCAGCAUUCUUAUUUAUGAUCAGCAGAACCAGUAAAUUCAGGUUGACUCGGAAGCACUAUGACUGUCUAACUCGAGCUAAUGUAGCUGAAGAGGCAGAGUGUAUUUCUGCAGUGUUAGCGUGA